AUAUAAAUACUAUGUAUAUUCAUGUAUAAUAAACACACAAAAGUAACAAAUAAUAAACUAAAGAAUAUAUGUUGUAUAUGUAUAUAAGUAUAUAUUUAAGUUUUAUUUCAUUAUGGGUUUAAACAAACGUUGUUUUUAACAAUUUCACACACAUAUACGCAUACGUUAUGUAUGAAUAAAGGAAAAUAAAUAAAAAGCAUAAAAGAAAUUCCUUCCUUAGAACAAUGUUCCUUCCAAGAACAAAUUGAAAAAAAUUAUUUAUAAAAUAUAUUUUGCAAAAUCAAUAUCAGACUGCAACCAAACUUUGCAAACUUCUUAUUUUGAAAUGUACGAAAAAAAAUACACUUUAGUGUAAACGUUAAACUAACAAAAAAAUUUCUUUCUAAUCAAAAUUAGACUUAAAUUAAUAAAAAAAAUGUUUAAAAAAUAUGAUAACUCAAAAAAGAAAUUAUAACAACAGUCGCAGUAAAAAGUUAAGUGGAAAGUUUAUAAAUAUUACUAAAUUAAAUUAAACUUAAGUUAAAGUAAAAUUAAAACAGAAACUGCAACGAAAUUAGCAACAAUUUAAACCAACAAAAAAUUCAACAUUGAACUCUUUAUUGGUAAUCAACAACACGACAGUCAAUUGAAUAGGGAAGUAAAAGAUGGAUGAUGAUUCAAUAGAUAAUUUACCUGAGAAUAUAUAUGUUCAAACAUUCCAAGCCCCUGAUUCAGAUGAUGAACCUAUAGAGCAACUGCCAAAAGAAAUAUUACUUCGCAUUUUUUCGUAUUUGGAUGUUGUUUCAUUAUGUCGAUGUGCUCAAGUGUGCAAAUAUUGGAACGUCUUAGCAUUAGAUGGUUCGAGUUGGCAAAAAAUUAAUUUGUUUGACUUUCAAAGAGAUAUAGAAGGCCCAGUUAUAGAAAAUAUAUCUCAGAGAUGUGGUGGCUUUCUGAAGUUUUUAUCACUGCGAGGAUGCCAAUCAGUAGGCGAUAUUUCUAUAAGGACAUUAGCUAAUCACUGCCAUAAUAUCGAACAUCUUGACCUAUCAGAAUGUAAGAAAAUAACCGAUCUAUCAACAAUGUCAAUAAGUCGUUUCUGUUCCAAGCUAACAUCAGUUAACUUAGAUUCCUGUGCAAAUAUUACCGACAAUAGCCUAAAAUCAAUUUCUGACGGAUGUCCUCAUUUAACCGAAAUAAAUGUAUCGUGGUGUCAUCUUAUAACUGAAAAUGGUGUUGAAGCUAUAGCUCGGGGUUGUAACAAAUUGAAAAAAUUCAGUAGUAAGGGUUGUAAGCAGGUCAAUGAUAACGCGGUAGCAUGUUUAGCUAAAUAUUGUCCUGAUUUGAUGGUGCUCAACUUGCAUAGUUGCGAGAAUAUUACGGAUUACUCAAUACAGCGAAUUGCAGAAAAUUGUUUAAAUUUAAGAAAGUUAUGCGUAUCAAAGUGUGCUGAAUUGACAGAUCAAUCCUUGAUUGCAUUAGCUCAACAUAAUCCUCUAUUAAAUACAUUAGAAGUUUCCGGAUGUCAUCAAUUUACAGAUUUAGGGUUUCAAGCGUUAGGAAAAAAUUGCAAAUAUUUGGAACGAAUGGAUCUAGAAGAAUGUAACCAAAUAACUGACUUGACAUUAGCUCAUCUAGCAACCGGAUGCCCAAGUUUAGAAAAAUUGACUUUAUCUCAUUGCGAAUUAAUAACAGACGAUGGAAUACGUCAGCUAGCCGCCGGUAGUUGUGCAGCUGAAAGUUUAUCCGUCCUUGAAUUGGAUAAUUGCCCAUUAAUAACUGAUAGAACGUUAGAGCAUUUAGUAUCAUGUCACAAUUUACAAAGGAUUGAGCUAUUUGACUGCCAGAUGAUAACGAGAGCAGCAAUACGAAAAUUAAAGAAUCAUUUACCAAAUAUUAAAGUGCAUGCGUAUUUCGCCCCUGUCACACCACCACCAGUAACAACUGGCCAUCGGCCGAGAUAUUGUAGAUGCUGUGAGAUUCUCUGAGAUCAGGCCAUUGGCUUGGCCAGAAAAAUAUUGUGCAAAAGCCGUGAUGACUGAUAUAUUCACACUAUAGUAGUUUUAUUUAUAAUCACAAAUUUAAUAAUUUUAAGUCAUACUUUAUUUAAAAAUCAAUUAUUAACUUUUAUAAUUUUAUUUUACAUCUAAUUUAAAAAAAACAAUCGAUUUUUCGUACGUACGUUUAACAUAAACUGUAUGAUUUUCAAAGAGGAACAUUUUUUUAAAACUAUAAGUUGUAAACGAAAGGUUUUUUUAGAAAGUUUUUUAAUCUCGUACAUGAAGAACUUUUAAUACAUAUGUAUAUAAAACUAUAAAGAUUAAAUAAAUAUUUAUUGUUCUUUUAUUUAAAAGAACGAAAUUAUUUAUUAUUUGAUUUAAAAAACAUGGUUUUAAUUUCCUUUAAUUGUAGAAUAAUAGAGCUGUGUCGGUAACCGUAAUUUUGUUUACUAAAUAUUUGUCUAUAAUAUAUACUGACGAAACCGAUUUUUUUUAAUUGUGAUUUUGAUGAAUGUAUGUAUUAAGAACUUAAAAAAUGGGAACAAAAUUGUUUCGUAGGGGGCAAGUGAAUGUAAAAAAAAAGUUUUAAUUAAUUUGAAAUAGUUAUAACUUAUCAUCCAUUAAAUUAUUUUAAAUUAUUAUCAAAAACAAAAUGAUGAGUUUAUCAUAAUUUUAUCCUUAAUCGGAGAAAAAUUUAAACUUUUCCAGUUAAUGAACUUUAAAAAUCAUACAGCAAGUGUUACUCGGGAAAUGACAAUUAAAUUAUAACGCAGAUUUUCAUAAUUUUUCUGCAUCGCAAAAAAAAUUUUGUACAUACACACAUAUAAACUGAAUACCCAUUUAAUUAAAAAUAUUUAAAUACUAUGUUAGCUACAUAUAUUAAAAUAUUAAUAUUUUAAAAAAUAACAUUUAGAGUAUUUACAUACAUUAAAACAUUAAUAAAGAAAGAAACCAAACUUUUUAAUCGAAAUAAAUUAACAUGAAUAUAAAAAUAUUAUAAUAAACUCAUUAAUUUAGCACCCCUUAUUUAAAUUAAAAAAUAAAAAUAUCCUAAAAAAGAUUUUAAUUGAAUAAUAAAUAUUAAUUAAAAACGAAAUGUUCGACAUUAAAUGUAAAUAAUUUUUUUAAACUGAACAAAACUAUACAAAGAGCAUAAUGAUAUAAUAUUUGUAGAGGUAAUUUAUUAAUAAAAUUAUUAUGUUAUAAAAACAAAUAAAAUUCUUACAAAGUAACGUGAUAAUGUAUAAAAUAUACAAAUUAUUUUUUAAUUGUGACUAUUAUUACCACAAUUAUUUUCGCAAA